CAAACCUCGCGAUACUUCGGCGGCGCAGCAAUGGCGAGACCGUGAGUGCCGCAAGCGGGAGUCGGGAGAACAGGCUGGGACGGGGUUCGGGCGAGAUCGAGCCGGGGAAGACCCGCCACGCCGGGGCCGCUUGCAGCGGGGUGGCAGCCUGGGGCGCGAAGCCCCUCCGGGCCCCGACGGCCGCCUGCGACCGAGCUCCCGCCUCUUCCCCAGAUGCCGCGUCACUGCUCCGCCGCCGGCUGCUGCACACGGGACACGCGCGAGACGCGCAACCGCGGCAUCUCUUUCCACAGGCUCCCCAAGAAGGACAAUCCAAGGCGGGGCUUGUGGCUGGCCAACUGCCAGCGGCUGGACCCCAGCGGCCAGGGCCUGUGGGACCCGGCGUCUGAGUACAUCUACUUCUGCUCCAAGCACUUCGAGGAGAACUGCUUUGAACUGGUGGGAAUCAGUGGGUAUCACAGGCUGAAGGAGGGAGCAGUUCCGACGAUAUUUGAGUCUUUUUCCAAGUUGCGUCGAACAACCAAGACCAAGGGGCACAGUUACCCCCCUAGCCCCCCUGACGUCAGCCGGCUCCGGCGAUGCAGGAAGCGCUGCUCUGAGGGCCGAGGGCCCACAACUCCAUUUUGCCCACCUCCACCUGCUGACAUCACCUGCUUUCCUGUGGAAGAGGCCUCAGCACCUGCCACCUUGCCUGCCUCCCCCACCGGGAGGCUGGAGCCUGGCCUCAGCAGCCCCUUCUCAGACCUCCUGGGGCCCCUGGGUGCCCAGGCAGAUGAAGCAGGCUGCAGCACCCAGCCUUCACCUGAGCGGGAGCCAGAGCGACAGCCGUCUCCGCUGGAGCCGAGGCCCAUCUCACCCUCGGCCUACAUGCUGCGCCUCCCGCCGCCCGCUGGAGCCUACAUCCAGAAUGAGCACAGCUACCAGGUGGGCAGCGCCCUGCUCUGGAAGCGGCGGGCUGAGGCUGCACUUGAUGCCCUGGACAAGGCCCAGCGCCAGCUGCAGGCCUGCAAGCGGCGGGAGCAGCGGCUGCGGCUGCGGCUGACCAAGCUGCAGCAGGAGCGGGCACGGGAAAAGCGGGCACAGGCCGAUGCCCGCCAGACUCUGAAGGAGCACGUGCAGGACUUUGCCAUGCAGCUGAGCAGCAGCAUGGCCUGAGUGAGGGCCGCCCAGCAGGGCUUCAGCCUCUUUCUCCCUCAGUAUCCACCUUGAGAGGAUCUGAUCUGAGCUGCGUCC